UGUGUUAGUGUGGAAACGACAGUGGCGUUGGAUGAACGUGCUCAGUGAAAUAAAAAUACGUAAAAAAUAUACGUAGAACGACCAGUGUAAAAAGUCUGUUCGUAGAAUUUAUUUUAAUUUUAUAUCUGUGUAAGUGUUCUCUACUGAUAUUUAUAGAGCCCCCUGCUUGAGUAAUCUAAUCAUUCAUUAUCACGUAAUUGUCGUCGAUACAAUAUCGGCGCAGUCAGUGCAAAGGUGACCGUCGACCGAAAUGGCAGACCCAAAAGUGUGCGAAGAUCUUAUAAAAGAAAGAAAAAAAUGUACAUUCGAUGUAACGGAACUAACCAAUCUAAUUGAUGGGGGAGCUCAGGGCACUGAGGAAAGGCAUUAUGUUGAAAACUUGGUGCUAAGUACAGAAGGAUUGAGCACAAAGAAUGAGGUUCCAGAAGAAUAUCUUAGCCAUAAAGAAAGAUACGAGUAUGCCAUCAAGAAAGCUUGUAUCUUGUACGAGGUUCUCAAGGAGUAUGCAGCUAAACAUAAUACCAUGGAUGCGUUCAAACCUACGAACAAGUACCGUGUGACGUUCGGUGUGGUAAAAGACAUAUCACCGUUCAUGUUACACAUGGGUAUGUUCGUGCCGACCAUACUGAACCAGUCCGACCCUGAGCAAAUGGCCGAGUGGCUGCCACAAGCUAUGUCUAUGGGGAUCCUGGGAACUUAUGCACAGACUGAACUCGGCCACGGAACUUUCCUGAGAGGAUUAGAAACGACAGCUACAUACGAUCCUGCCACAGAAGAAUUUGUGCUGCACACUCCUACCCUCACUGCUUACAAAUGGUGGCCCGGAGGAUUGGCACAUACAGCCAACCACUGCAUUGUAGUAGCCCAGCUGUACUCUAAGGGCGAAUGCUAUGGCGUCCAUCCAUUCUUCGUCCAAAUCCGUGACACCGACACCCACAUGCCUCUUCCUGGUGUGAAAGUGGGAGAGAUCGGACCCAAGAUGGGUUUCCAGACAGCUAACAACGGGUUUCUAGGAUUUGAUCACUUCAGGAUUCCAAGAAGGAGCAUGUUGAUGAAGAAUGCUCAAGUCUUGAAGGAUGGAACAUACGUAAAAUCUAAAAACGAUAAGCUAACGUACGGCACUAUGGUGUUCGUGAGGGUCCUCAUCGUUACUGAUGUGGCUUACGAACUAUCAAGAGCUGCUACCAUCGCUGUCAGAUACUCUGCGGUCAGACAUCAGUCACAACCAAAACCUGGUGAACCUGAACCCCAGAUCCUGGACUACGUGACACAGCAACACAAACUGUUCAUCGGAGUAGCCACCAGCCAUGUGUUCAGAGUAACGGGUUACUGGCUCUGGGACAGUUACUCCAAGGUCAUCGCUGACGUCGGCAAGGGCAACAUGGACCAACUGCCUGAGCUUCACGCCCUAGCAUGCUGUCUGAAGGCUGUGUGCAGUCGUGACGCGACAGCACGUGUUGAAGAGUUCAGGCUCGCGUGCGGCGGGCACGGCUUCAUGGCGUCCUCCAAUCUGCCCAUCAUCAACGGUAUUGUGGCCGCCACGAUCACCUACGAAGGAGAAUAUACCGUGCUUAUGUUGCAGACUGCGAGGUUCCUUGUGAAGGCUUGGAAGCAGGCGACACUGGGUAACGCGAUGACACCAACAGUGUCAUACUUGUUGCGAUUCUUCAAUAACGACCGCGUGCACUGGGAGACCAGCCCCGAGGGUAUCGUUAGCGGUUUCCUCGCCAUUGCUGCAGGGAAGACCAAGGCUGCCUGUGAAAGUCUUCAGGAGUACGAGAAGAGUGGCAUGGAUUACGAAGACGCUUGGAACAGUGCCUCAGUUCAGCUAGUUAAUGCCAGUGAGGCUCACUGCCGCGCCAUCUUAUGUGAAGUGUCGUGGAGGGAGCUCUCACGUCUUGCAGCGCAGUCAUCCCCGAGUCUGGGCAAAGUGUUGCUGCAGAUGGGUGAAUUGUACCUCAUCUACUGGGCUCUGGAGAAACGAGGAGAUCUUCUACUGUAUUCAACAAUAACGAGGGCUGAUAUCGCCAAGCUGCAGGCCAGAUACGAAGUCUUAUUAGGACUGUUGCGACCUAACGCCGUCGGUCUUGUCGAUGCUUUCGAUAUUAAGGAUGAGAUUCUAAACUCAACCCUGGGUGCGUACGACGGUCGCGUGUACGAGCGUCUGAUGGAGGAGGCGCUGAAGAGUCCUCUGAACGCGGAGCCAGUCAACCAGAGCUUCCACAAGUACCUCAAGCCCCUAAUGAUGAAAGCCAAACUGUGAUAUUUUAUAUUGUUUAAGAAAAUUAAAUAUAAAGUACAAUAACGUCUUAAAUGGUUUCGGAUUAAAUGACUUUAGCGAAUUUCGAUUAAGAAAUUCUCAAUACUGAUAUGAAAUUUUUUUCAUGUAAAAAUGGCACUUUCCUUAACAUAAGUUAAAGAAGCGGGUGGAAGAGGUACCCAGUGAUUGUUGAUGAAGACUUUUUUAUUCCUUUUUUGAUAACGACUUUAGUAUAUUAUCUACAUUAUGUACUCUACGUAUUGUAUUUUUUUUCAACAAUGUUUGAAUAAUAUUGAAAUUAGAUCAAAUACAUUAUUAUCAAUCGAA